GAUGACCAACAUUAAAAUACUCUUGCGUUGUAGGCCAAACUGUUAAUAAAAAACAAAAUUAUUGUAAACUACUGUAACACUGACAGUAGUUCGAACAUUAACAGUUUGCUUAAAAUAUAGUGGACUGAUUCUAUUCAGGGGGAAUGGAGAGAAAGCCAGACUGAAUAAAAACAAAAAAAAUUACCCCGAGUUUACACCCAAUACUCAAUGGUGCCACGCAGGGGCGCUGUUCUCAGCACCGCUGCCAGUACAGUACUGCUGUUUUUCUUGAGUGAGCUCUCUGUGUGGGAGUGAGAAAUGCGCCUGUGCUUUCGGUUUAUUGAAAGCUAUGGUUUGAUGACGGCAGGCUAUUGUUGUCAGACACUCAGCCAGGUGCUUCGUGCUGUAGGAGCAACCCUAAACGAAGAAUGAUCAGAGAAUCCGGAGUUGUGUUGCUGCACGGAUAGUGCCGAAUUUCAACACAAAAAGACGAUUGACAUGAAGAAAGACAUUGAGACAUUAAUAGCAGAGGAAAGAGCUGACAUCAUUUUAAAAUAUGCCACGGGCAGACAGGGUGGGGUCAAGAUUGACCCCUGGGAAGAUGCUGACUACAGCGUCUAUAAAGUCAUUGAUCGCCUCGGGUUCAUGCAUGACGAUGAGCUGCCUGCACCAACUGCUCAUGAAGAAAAGUUGAAGCAACUAGCGGUAGUGAGAGCAGAGAAGUGGUUGAAGAUGGUGAAGAAGUGGGAUAAAUACAAAAACAGUGACAGAAUGGUUAAACGGGUGUACAAAGGCAUCCCUGUGCAGCUUAGAGGUCGUGUCUGGUGUCUGCUGUUGGAUGUGGAGGACAUCAAGAAGCUCAAUGAGGGUAAAUAUGAGAAAAUGAAGGAGCAAGCCAAACUCUACUCAUCUGAGAUCAAACUGAUUGACCUUGACAUCAACAGGACCUUCCGCAAUCAUGUCAUGUUCAUGGAUCGAUUUGGAGUCAAACAGCAGUCUCUCUUCAAUGUUCUGUCGGCGUAUUCAGCCUACAACACAGAGGUGAGCUAUUGCCAGGGCAUGAGUCAGAUCGCUGCACUGCUGCUCAUGUACAUGAAUGAGGAAGACGCUUUCUGGGCUCUGACACAGCUACUGGCGAACCAGAAACACGCCAUGCAUGGAUUUUUUAUUCCUGGGUUCCCCAAACUUCAGCGAUUCCAAGCACAUCAUGACCAGAUCAUUUCCAAACUCAUUCCGAAACUAAAAAAACACCUGGACAAAGAACAGAUGUCUGCAGGGAUUUACAGUACUAAAUGGUUCUUACAGUGUUUCAUUGAUAGGACACCGUUUACUUUGACCCUACGCCUAUGGGAUGUUUUCAUUCUGGAGGGAGAGAGGCUCCUCACCGCCAUGUCUUACACCAUCUUGAAGAUACACAAGAAGCAUCUCAUGAAGAUGUCUUUGGAGGAGCUUCGAGAAUUCCUGCUGGAGCGAAUUGCUCAGACCUUUUUUUACAGUGACGACAUAGUCAUUGAACAGCUACAGGCCUCUAUGACUGAAUUACGAAAGAUGAAGCUGGAUUUUCCUCCCCCAGGGAAGCCUGAAGAGUUACCACGUAAGCCUUUAGGCCAGGAGCUGCCAUUGCUGCUGAGUCCACUGGAGCCAUCCAGAGGAAAGCGCUCCUCAGCCAGUGGUUGUCCUAAAGCAGGACUCAGCUUCCACAUCAUAUCCAACCAGCCAGAUUCCAUAUCCCCCGACCAGACUCUUUGCAAAGAUAUCAAUGAUCUGCAUUCUGUUAAUGAUGAGGAGGUUCCGCUUCCUUCCCCAGAUCCCGUUAUUAUCCACAACCAGGCCUUGUACAACCGGGCCACCGCCUUACCAGCCCCCAGAGAGCCUAGCACCCAGAACUGCUGCUCAGCUCUCGCAGUCUUAUGAGUGGAGGGUUGAGGUGCAAGCUGAUGACUUAGGGCUCCCAGAUUUACACUCGACAGACAACCUCACUCCUGUGAACAUUAGCCCUGAGGGAUCCUCCAGCAAGGUCCUGAGGACACUAUCAGCCCCCUUAAGUCUUGCUCAGUCAAAAAGUGAGACGGCAACAGAAAUAGAAAAAUGUACUUUCCUAGGCCAGCUGUCGGAUUCUCUGUCCUCCAAUAGGACCCUGAGCCAGGACCACCCCUGAACACUUGAUGAAAAUGCUCAUUGUAUGUUCAAUACCAGCCCAAUAUUGUUACUCUCCAUGAACAUUACAUUUUGACUGCCUUGUCCAAAUGCUUUGCUCUGAGAACAGGCUAGCACGAGGUACAUUUGCAAUGCAUUGUGUUUCCUACAUAGUAGAAAUAGCACUCUUUUGUUUCAUUUAACCCUUAUUUAUCCAGGUAAGGAAAGUGAGAACAGAUUCUCAUUUGCAAGGGACAGUAUUUUAAAUCUUCAAUUCUGCACUAUGAAGCAAAAGAAAUCCACAAGCUUCAAGCCUUUACUUCACAGCAAAGUCACAACAAAGAGUUGCCUUUACAGACACUGAUGCUCCACAAACGUUAGACAAAAAAAUGUUAAUCAUCAGUUCGGCUUCUGAUUUGCUCAUGAGAAAAAUAGAUUUUUGCACAAAUGAACACACACACACACACACACACACACACACACAAGUCAGUUUUACAGUUCGUUUUGUUGCUUCAUGAUCAGUGGCUGCUCAUCAAUAGAGGGGGCUAGGGCUCAUUCACUUUAAAAGGGUCAAAAAUUAUAUGAAAAUGAUAUUGCAAUAUCAUAAAAAAAUAGCCACUGUAUGUUUAUAUCUAUUUUUAGAUGAGCAGGAUAAAUAGUCUGACGUUAUUGAUGAAUAAAAUUGAUUUGUUUACCUCUAGCAUCUCAAACGUAAAUGUAUUUCCGGUGUGAGCACAGCGGACAACAGCCAUAGACUCUCAUGAAUAGUUUAACAUGCAAGCUCCGCCGACGCAAUAUUUCAGGGCUUUGAGUAGGCACUCUUAUUUUAAUGCUCUUGCAUUUUCAUGCAAGCCUAUAGGAUAUCGUCCGUGGUUGAUCUAGAUUUGAUCAUUUGUCUCAAAGAGUCCACAAUUCAAAGUGUUUAUUGUCAUAAGAACUUGAGUACUAUAUACAUCAGAGGUUGAGAUGAGAGGCCUGAAAGAUGGCACAAUUGCAAAAGUAAAUGUGAUGCAGAUUAAGAGGAAAAACAGAUUGCUACGGUUUAGAUAAACAUACUGUUCCUGUUUGGUGACAUAGGGUUCAUUCAUGAGAUUAUGUGUUUGGCAAUACAUUAAUUUCAGUUCAUGAGCAACUGUUUUUUCUAAAUAUUUUCCCCAAUUUAGAGUGUUGUGUCGUUUUCUUUUAACAUUUGAUGAUUGAACAUUAUAAAAUGGACUAUAAUCACUUGUCAUUGGAAAAAUAGAACAGUUGUGUGAAAUGAUAACUGCAUGAACAGCUAGUGUAGUACAAUGUUGGCACAUUACCUCUGUAGAGGCAGCAUCUGUUUUCUUACUUAUCUGCAAUUACAUACAGCCAAGUGUAAAAACGUACUUAUGUUCAGCUCUAGUUCUUGUUAGGCACUAAGUCUGGCAAGAUUAGUUUUAAAAAGUUAUAUAGUGGUUUGCGUGGGUAUUGCUUCAAUUCCUGCAAUUAGGACAUACUAAUUUUACAGCAAUUUGCUGCAGUUUGAAGUUGUGUUAAUGAUUUUUUUUUCAAAGGUGCGCCUACGAGGGAGUUUUUAUAAUGAGCUUUUACAGUAACUACCCACUAGUUCCUCAAAUUGAGAAGAGAUGCUUGUUUUUAACGAUUAAUUUGGUCAGUAUUUGAAACCCCUCUUUUUAAACAGUUCCACUCUUUCUGUUUAUGAUCAUUCUAUUCCUAAAAUAUUAGGAUCAUUUUCACAUCAAAUUUGGAACUUAAGAACCACAUUAAGCUUGAUGUAAUGUUUAAAUUAGAGACGUCAAACUGGGGCAUCACUCUUUUUAGACCUAUUUUUUUGUAGUUUUGAAUUUUUUCAUCAGGAAACAAAGGAUGUAAAACUUUUGCUUGCUCUCUUACCAAUUUUGCUGAUAUUUUGAGCCCUUAAUUGAAUAUUGCUUACGUACUCAUAUUUCAAACAGGAUCCAUCAGACAUAAAAAAGUUAAACUCCACUGAAAAAUUAACUUGAGGCCUCUGCCAUGGUGAGCUGGCUCACUGUCAGAAUUGCACCCAGUGAAACUGUUUUCUCACGCUCCUUUUUUUGAUCAGUUAUUUGUGGUUUUACUCUGAAAUUGAUUCCAUCAGUACUGUACUUUGAUUAUUUAAUGCAAUAAAAAGCUCAAAUACGGAGCAGUCCAUUUUAUUUUUUAUGUUGAUUUUAUGUUUUUUCCUCAAACAUUGCAUUUAACACCCUAACAAGAAUGUUUAUAUCAUUAGUGGACAUGUUAAAUACAUACUAGGACCCACUUUAGUGUCAUAGGACAAGGCGGUGUAGCUGUGCUUAAAAAUGGUAAAAAGCCGACAUCGUGUGGUUGUUUUAGGUUAAGCUGAGCUAAAGUCAUUUGUCAGAAUUUGUAUUUGAAGUAUGAAUCCUGUAAAUUUUGUUUUCAUUUAUUUCCUCCUAAUUAAAUCGGUGCCAACAAUAAAGUGUUUAAUCGAUCAGAAAAGUGAGCAGAAACCUAUGAAUUAUUCUGUAAUGAUUUAUUAAAAAUUGUUGUACAUUCAAAUGCCAAGCACAUUUUAUAUUACAUUGUCUGUUAAACUCGGGUUCUUAAAUAUUAAAACCUUUGACUACA